CUGGAGUGCCUUGUGGUUCAGAGACUUUUUGAGAUGGAAAAGAUGGACGCCAGAGGCACCAACUACAAAAUGAGAUCAUCCAUAGCAAAAGCUUUACAGACUCGCAGCAGUUCUAUCCGGACCACACUGAUGGAAUACAACCACCUAGCCCCUCUUGUAACACCCUCCCAACCCAUGCUGACAAUGUCUGCCAUUCUAGACCAUGCGUUCCAAGGGGAAUUCAUGAUCCUCCGGCACGGGUCAUCUCCGGAUGACUUGUCAAGGCACUGGAUGCAGCCCCAGAUUCGAGAGCUGGUUGUCAAAUGGCUUCUAGUGAAAUGCGCACAAGAAGAGAUU